ACAGUUCUUAUUAACAUUCAUUUUUGUUUUUAUCUUUUUUUUGGUAGACUAGGUUUGCAAUGAAGAAAGUAGAGUAUUCAGCCAAAUAUUUGAUGGCUAAUAUUGAUAUACACUAUAGACUAGGAUUGCACAUAUUUAAUAGCUACCGAUGGUUGGUUUUUUCAGUUCUUCAUGAGAAAAAAUAGAUCAAAGUGACUACCAUUAUUUCAUUUGCAUUACUAAAGGACCAAGUUACUGCUUUCUCUUGCUUUUCUCCCCUGCUCUGUGUAUCAUGUAGGAUUGUCAUAUAAAAUAAAAUGUUAUAUAAUGGGGUCUUUCUGUUCUAACUGUACUAAAAUGUUUACAGAAAUUCCCAACAGCCUCCGCUGUCCGACAAGGACCAUAAAGAGAAGGCUCAGAGGAGUGUGUUUGUUCAAGGACUGUUGCUGUCCACUAUUCUUGAUGAUGACUUAUAAGUUAUCAAUCAAAUAUUUGUAGUGAAUGUGCCCGGUUAGGUGUGAGAGUAAAAAUAUGAAGAGGGAAGCAAUGUUAGCUUUAGCUCAUCACACAAGUGAUAAUAAUCAGAUCAGAACAACUCUGUUCUCCUAUAUUGUAUGUAGUGCUUUUUGUGCAUAAUUAAUGGAAAGAUGGAAGAACUUAUCCUACCUUUCUGUGUGGGGGUUAUCUCAUUUUUAC